AUGCAGCUAAAAUUUAUGAAAACUAUCGUCGAAGCACAGGACCACCUGUACCGUGUCGCUGGGCUUUGUUGGUCCCCGAACAACCAGAAGCUGGCGGUAGCUACGGCCGACCGUACCAUACUGUUGUUCGAUGAGCAGGGCGAACGGCGGGACAAAUUCGCGACGAAAGCGAGCGACGCGAACGCCGGCAAAAACUCGUACGUUAUCCGGGGCAUUGCAUUCAGUCCGGACUCCAGCCGGCUGGCGGUGGCCCAGAGCGACAGUAUGGUGUACGUGUACAAGCUGGGCGAGCAGUGGAACGAGCGGAAGGUGAUCUGUAACAAGUUCCCGCAGGGGGCGGCCGUAACGUGCGUCACCUGGCUGGCCGGAGGGCUGAUAGUGGCCGGGCUCGAGGACGGGAAGGUGCGCGCGCUGUACAGCAAAAACAACAAGUCCAAAACGCUGUACGGCACCGACAGUAUGGUGGUGGCGUUGGCCCAAAACUCCAAGGGCAGCGGGGUCCUGUCGGGCCACGAGGAUGGCUCCGUGGUGCGGUUCCAUCUGGUGGAGGAACCGGGCGAAACGACGGGCCGAAUGCUGCAACACCCGGUCGCUCCGGUUGCCCUGGCCUGGCCCCAAGGUGGCAUCGUCGUGGCCGGGUGUGAUAAGAAGAUUUGCUUCUACGAUCUGCAGGGUCGUCCGGUGCGGACUUUCGACUACGCGCGCGACGAGACCGAACGAGAGUUCACCGUCGCCGGAUCAAGUCCCAACGGGCAAGCGGUGGCCGUCGGGAGCUUCGACCGGUUGCGGAUCUUUAGCUGGAGCCCGCGGCAGAACGCCUGGACGGAGUCGCUCUGCAAGACCAUCCCAAAUCUGUACAGCGUAACCGCGGUCUGUUGGCGCAAGGAUGGCUCCCGGUUGGCCGUGGGCUCCCUGUGUGGUGCGGUCCUAGCGUACGAGUCGGUUCUGCGGCGCACCAUCUGGCAGGACAAGUUCGAGCUAACGUUCGUGGCCCCGAGCCAGGUGCUGCUGCGGUCGCUUCAUGAGCCCAUCACGACGAUGCUGGUCGAAUCGCAGCUGGGGCUCGAAAUCGACGAUAUCCGGAUCAUGGGCAAGGACGGCUACCUGGUUGGCCGCACCGAAGACUCACUGAUCCUGUGCGAUCUGACACGCUCAUUGACGAGCGAAAUACCCUGGAUCGCCACCGGUCGGCACGAGCGGUUCUACUUCGAGAACCCAACGGUGGCGCUCAUCUUCAACGCGGGCGAGCUGUCGCUGGUGGAGUACGGCGAGCACUACAUUCUGGGCUCGGUGCGCACCGAGUUCGUCAAUCCACACGUCAUCUCGGUGCGAUUGAACGAGCGGGGCAACACGCGCAACAACAAGAAACUGGCCUACCUGCUGGACAUGAAAACGGUGUGCGUCGUGGACCUGAUUCUGCAAUCGACGAUUGCGCAGAUCUCGCACGACUCCAAGAUCGACUGGCUCGAGCUGAGCGAAACCGGGCAUAAGUUGCUGUUUCGCGACCGCAAGAUGCGCCUGGUGCUGGUGGAUGUCGGUGGUGGCCAGAAGCAGACGCUACUGUCGAAGGUUGCUUUCGUGCAGUGGGUACCGUCCAGUGAUGUGGCCGUCGCCCAGUCCGACACCAAUCUGGCCGUUUGGUACAACAUCGACCUACCGGAGCACGUCACAAUUCUACCGGUGCGCGGCGACGUGGUGGAUGUGUUGCGCGAGGACGGACGGACGGAGAUCAUUACCCGGGAGGCCGCCUCCGAGCACGUGUACCCCCUAGACGAGGGCUUGGUCGAGUUCGGGACGGCCGUCAACGAUAGCGACUUCGGGCGGGCCGUUUUCUAUCUCGAGUCGCUGGGCGAUCGGCCCGCGGCGAAGGCGAUGUGGCACAACCUGGCCAACAUUGCGCUGGCGCAGCAGAACCUGCGUGUGGCGCAGCGCUGUUAUGCGGCCCUCGGGAACGCUUCGAAGACAUUCUACAUCGGCGAGAUGAUCACCAUCGCCGAACGGUACGAGGCAACGACCGGGCCCGGAAUGAGUUGUCCGGAGGUGCGCGCAAUGAUGGCCCUUUUGGGAGGUGAUCUAAGGACCGCCGAACGAAUCUACAUCGAGCAAGGUGACAUUGAGGCGGCCCUGGCCAUGUACACGAAGUUGCGCCGCUGGGAUGAUGCGAUAAAGCUAGCCGAACGUCGCGGUUACCACGGGCUGGCAGAGUUGAAGGAGUCCCAGAUGGAGUUCCUGCUCACCACCGGCCAGGAGGAGAAGGCCGGUGAAGUGCUGGAGGAGCGCGGUGAGAAGGACAAAGCGAUGACCCUGUACAUGAAGGCCAACAAACCGGUGAAGGCGGCAAAGCUUGCCCUCAAGACGCCGCACCUGCUGGCGAACGAAAAUCUCGUCACUCGCGUGUCCGCUUCGUUGAUCAAAGCCGAACUCUACGAACUGGCGGCCGAGCUGGCCAACAGGACAGGACAGCAGCAGAACGCUAUCGCCCUGUACCGGAAGGGUGGUGCCUAUGCGCGGGCCAUCGAGAUGGCACGCUACGUUUCACCGGACGAGGUGACCAGUCUGGAGGAGGAGUGGGGUGACUGGUUGGUCGGCAAGCGCCAGCUGGACGCCUCCAUCAGCCACUACAUCGAGGCCGGCUGUACGGUUAAAGCGCUGGAAGCGGCCGUCGGAGCAAAGCAGUGGCGGAAGGCCGUACAGAUUGCGAAGGUGGUCGACGAUCCGGAAGAGAUUCGGAAGUACGCCGUCGAGCUAGCCGAACACCUGUGCGUUGUGGGGGACGUAAAGUCUGCCGAGGACCUGCUGGUGCGUGCGGAACUGUAUCGGGAAGCAGUGCAACUGCUGAACCGUCACGGGCAGUGGGAGAAGGCGUUCGACAUUGCCGACCGUUUCCUGCCCGCAGCCGACGUGCGUGAGAUGUUUGUCGACCUGGCGAAAGGACUGGAGCGUGACGGGAAGUAUCGGGACGCCGAACGGGUCCUGCUGACGGUUAGCGAACCGGACCUGGCCAUCAAUAUGUACAAGGAGCUCGAACUGUACGAUUCCAUGAUCCGCCUCGUGGAACGCUACCACAAGCCGCACCUGGAGCAGACACACCUCGAGCUAGCCCGUCAACUGGAAACGAAAGGGCGGCUGAAGAAUGCGGAGGUGCACUUCCUGGCGGCGGGCGACUGGAAGGCAGCGGUCCACAUGUACUGUCAGGCGGGCAAGUGGGAGGAAGCGCACCGCGUGGCCAAACAGAACGGUGGCAAAGGAGCCCCGGAGCAGGUGGCUUUUAUGUGGGCCAAGUCGCUCCCGAUCGAGGGUGCCGCUCGAUUGCUCACGAAGAUGGCCCUGCUCGAUAGCUGCGUGGCGUACGCAUGCGAAGCGGGUCAGUUCGAUUUUGCGCUCGACCUGUGCCGGGCCAGUGGUCGCCCAGCCGAUGAGGUGCACCUGAAGAUUGCGAUGGCUCUGGAGGACGACGGCAAAUUCACCGAAGCCGAGGCCGAGUUUCUGCUCGCGAACAAACCACGCGAAGCGAUCAUGAUGCACACGCACAGUGGCGACUGGAAGUCGGCCCUUCGUGUGGCCGAGCAGUACCUGCCGGAGGCGCUGCAUGAGGUGCUGCUGGGACAAGCGAACGCGGCGCUCGAAGCUCGCAACUAUCCGGAGUACGAGGCGCUCAUGAUCCGCGCGGACCGGCCCGACCUCAUACUGGCAUACUACCGCGAGCACAACAUGGUGGCCGAUGCGUUGCGUAUCGCCAAGGAGUACGUGCCCGGGGCGGUGCCCGAGUUGCAGAAAUUGUACGCCCGGGUCAGUCGAGGAGCCGGCGGUGAGUCGAGCGAUUCGCGCUAUCUGCUCCAGAAAGCGUCGGAAUACGCACGGAACGAGGAGUUCCGUCGGGCGGCCGAGUGCUUGCUGCAGAUCGGAGAAUCGAAUGCCGACGAACCGACGGUGACGAGGGCGAUGCUGCGAGCCGCCGAGAUUUGUAACCAGUUUCUUAAGGGACCGGAUGCGCUCGACAUUGCCCGCGAGCUGGGACCGCGUCUGGCGGAAAUCAACCAGAUUGGACCGGCCGCACAGCUGUAUCUGGCGGCCGAGCUACCACAGGAGGCGGUGGACGUGUUCAUUCGCACCGACAACUGGAGCAAGGCGCGCCGGUUGGCCGAAGUAAUCGAUCCCCAGCUGGUGGCGUACGUCGAGGAGCAGCAAAAGUCCCGGCUGCGCAACCAGGGCAAUGUGGAACAGCUGGCCGACAUCGACAUGGCCGGGGCGCUAGAUUUGCUGGCCGAGCAGGGCCAGUGGGUGCGGUGCAUCGAGAAGGCGAAACACCACAGUGUUCCGGUGCUCCAGAAGUACCUGGCACAGUACGCGGCGCAGCUCAUCCGCGACGGCGACUGUGUGGCCGCCCUGAACCUGUACCUCGAGCACGGCGUUCCGCCGGUCAGUGCGAACUACAACAUCUACAACCGUAUCGCGCUAGAGUGUUUUGCGUUGCGCGAACCGGACGGUCUCGGAGUGUGGAAGAACCUGCGCCACUUUCUGCUCAACCUGGUGCAGGCGGUGCGCGGUGCGGACCAGGGCGAACCGGAGGUGAUCGAUCGAUUCGAGCAACUGCUCAUCGUGGCGCAUUACUACGCGACGCGUGCGGCUUGCCGACAAGCACCAGCACUGCAGUCCAUCGCAGUCAAGAUCUCGGUGGCGAUGCUCCGCUACACGGACGUGAUCCCGUGCGACAAGGGUUACUUCGAGGCCGGAAUGGAUCUGCGCGGGAUGGGCCGCGAGUCGGAAGCGUUCGUCAUCCUGAACCACUAUCUGGACGUGUGCGAGGCGAUUGAGGAGGGUUCCGGCAACCUGGUGGACCACUCGGAUCUGUCGGCCACGGACUUCCCGAGCUCGGUGCCGAUCCCGGCCGAACUGCACCUGAAAAACGAGCAGCAGCUGCACGAGGAGAUCCGCGAAUGGGUGUUGGCCGUCAGCAUGGACCAGAAGGUCGACCAGGUGCUACCGGCCGACGAUCGCAAUCUGUACGAGUCGAGCCUCGGACACUCGGAUCAGGCGUGCCUGGUGAGCGGCUAUCCGGUUAUGGGCCGCCAGCCGGUCGUGUUUCAGCGGACGCACCGAUCGGCGAACCGGGACGCGUGGAGCAAGCUGACUGUGGCCGCUCGAAUGGCACCGCAGACCGACAUACCGAGCGUGAUCGAGUUCAUCGAAAAGUGGUGCGGACCGGCCAAUUUCCUUUCCGGUUAG